AUGAUACCUGUGGCUUCCGGCUUGAGCCGAGGGAAAUGGUUGUGGUUUUCGGUCAAGAGAACACCCGAGCGUGGACGACGACUCGAGGUUCUGGAGGUUUUGGAUAAUGCGUCUCGGGGAUCGUUGGGCAAUUUGGAGUUAUUGUGGACCUUGAGGGGAAAGGAUAUGCUGUCUCUCGGAGCUGUUAUUACAGCCUUAGAGCUAGCAUUCGACGCUUUCACUCAACAGGUCUUGACGACCCAGUACAUUAACACCUUUUCUGUGGUGUUCUUGGUUGUCAUUAUUCUGAAGACGAGAAGUGUCGGUAUGAUGCCGUGGAAAGGGAGUGCCUUGGCUUGGCUAUUCUUAAGUGUGGACGAGGAGCUGAAAAAUCAUUCCAGAGCUGCAUUAGGUAAACCUGACGGUCUCUUGAAAGCUACGAGUGAGCCUAAGGUAGCGUUGAGGGAGAAGGAUGGCUUCUAG